CUCGGGCGUCGGCGAAGACACACUAGUCAAGAAGCUAUUCGACUUACAUCCGGACACAUUCGCAUUCACUGUAUCCCACACGACCCGCGCACCACGGGUCGGCAAAAUCCACGGCAAGAAUUACUUCUCUAUAGAGAAGGCAAUGUUCGGGGACCUCGUUUCCCAGGACGCCUUCGUGGACUAUGCCACCUUCGGUGGGAACUAGUAUGGCACAAGCAAGAGAACGAUCUCGGAUCAAAGGAGAAAGGACGGUUGAUUGUGCUAGAUAUCGAGAUGAACGGUGUGAAACAGAUGAAGGCAAAUCCCAGUAUCGAUGCUCGGUGUGUUUUUAUUUAAGCCACCGAACUUUGAGGCGCUCGAGGUACGGCUUCGGGGGCGUAUAGGGAGUUGGAAGGGUUUGUGUUUGCGGGUAAGG